AUGAAGUUCACCGCUACCACCCUCGCUGCCAUCGUUGCUGUCCUCCCUAUGACCAACGCCUGGAUCUUCACCAGCUGCAGCCGACAGUGGGAUGGCGAAUACAACAAGGGCUGCACCAAGGCUGCCUGCAAGUCCGGUGACAAGAUUGACUGGGAGAACCAAUGGUUCUCAGACUGCACUCUUCGUGUCUACAGCGAUAGCUCUUGCAAGAAGCAGAUUGGAAUCGCAUCUGAUGACUGGAAUGAUCACAAAUUGAGCAAGAGCAUGGGUAGCUUCCGUGUUUCGGGUUGCCCCAAGGACUAG